AUGCCAACCAUCGUCCUCCUCGGCACCUGCGACACCAAACUCUCCGAACUCCUCUACCUCCGCUCUCAAAUCCUCCUCCACGGCGCAGCCUCCGACACCACCGUCCUCCUCAUCGACGUCGGCCGGCAACCCGUUUCCCACCCCUCCAUCACCUUCGGCCCUUCCGACCUCCUCUCCAGCUAUGCCAAACCAUCAGACCCCAAGGACAUCCGAUCCCUCCAAUCCCUCCCCCGCAACUUGUUGGUAGAACUCAUGUCCUGGCUCUGCACACUUCAUAUCCAAACCCUUUUCUCUUCUCAACAAAUCCACGGGAUAAUAUCCCUUGGCGGCAGCAACGCGACUUCGCUCGCUGCACCCGUGAUGCGCAAUGCUUUACCGAUUGGUUUCCCCAAGAUGAUGGUAUCGACGGUGGCGAGCGGGGAUACGGGCCCCUACGUGGGCGAGACGGAUAUCACGAUGAUGUAUAGUGUCGUGGACGUGGCGGGGCUGAAUGAGGUUUUGAGGGGGGUGUUGGGGAAUGCGGCGGGGGCGGUGGUGGGGAUGGCUGGUGCUUAUGAGAGGAGGAUGAGGGAGAAAGAGAGGGAGAGGGAGAGGGAAAAGGAGAGGGCGGGGAGUGGGAAGGAGGGAAACGAAGAAAAAAAGAAAAAAGUAAGAGUAGGAAUCACCAUGUUCGGCGUCACCACCCCCUCCGUCGACGCCAUCCGUCAGUACCUCGAAUCCAAAUACCCCGGCGUCAUCGAAACAAUGGUGUUCCACGCCACAGGCCACGGAGGAAAAGCCAUGGAACGACUGGUGCGGGCCGGAGAGCUGGACGCGGUGAUUGACUUGACCACGACCGAGUUGGCGGAUGAGUUGGUGGGAGGGGUGAUGAGUGCCGGGCCGGACAGGAUGCGGGCGGCGGUUGAGAAGGGGAUUCCCUAUGUUGUGUCGUUGGGGGCGCUGGAUAUGGUCAACUUUGGGCCGCCGGGGACCGUGCCGGAGAAGUUUAGGAAGGAUGGUGAAAGAAAGCUUUAUGAGCAUAAUCCUACGGUUACGCUGCUGAGGACGUCGGUGGAGGAGUGUAAAGAAAUUGGGAGGCGGAUUUGUGGGAAGUUGUUGGAGGGGGGAGAUGCGAGCAAGAUACAAGUGUGGAUCCCGAAGGGCGGGUUGAGCAUGUUGUCGGUAUCGGGAGCGCCGUUUGAGGACAGAGAUGCUGACGAGGCGCUGUUUGGGACAAUCCACGAAGGGCUCAAGGGGAGCAAAAUCCUGAUCAAGGAUGACGAAAGGGAUGUCAAUGACAAAGGCUUCGCUCAUGAUGUAGCGGAAGCAAUGGCAAGACUCCUGGGGCUGUCGAGCGGUCAAGGAUCCUGA